CCCUGCAAUGGCGUCUAACUUUGGCAACUGGCAAUGUGCUAUCGAUAAUUUGACAACGACAGCCAAAAGUGACGGGUGUCUGAAGUCCUUCUUUAAUUUGGAUAACAACUACAAACGAAUUGCGUUUAUUCACAAGAAAAACUUUAUAAAUGAUGUAGCAUGGUUGCCUCUGUACUGGGACAACUGUCACAGCAUGCUGAGAAAGUCGACAGAAAAGGCAGUGCGUUACCGUGACGAUGGCAACAAGUACUUUCAGAAGAAGCAGUAUAAAAGUGCCAUUCAGUGUUACACAAAGAGCAUCCAGCAUGCUUCCACGGCUGAGCUGCAACAGAACCAAGCAUUUGCUCUUGGUCUAGGGAACAGAUCUGCUGCACUGUUCUACCUCAAACAAUAUCAGGCAUGUCUAGGAGAUAUCACAAUGGCCUUGACCAGUGGUUGUCCGUGCCCCACUGCUGACAGGCUGAAGAUUAGGAAGAUUCACUGCCUGGUCAAUCUGGGGCGUGGACAGGAAGCGCAGCAAGCCAUCAGAGACUUCAAGAAACACUUGUCAGGUCAUACCGACACCGAAAAGAAGGUGAAAGAUAAAUUAGAGGAUGACAUUGCCAGUCUGGAACAUCAGCUGAGCCAGAAUUGGCUGGGGGAGCCUGAUGGGCAGACAGACAGACAACUGCCCCAGCUGUUCCAGGGACCAAGUGAGGUCAUCACACAAGCUUCUUUAGCUGUUGAAAUGAAGCACACAUGCAGCAAGGGACGACAUCUUGUUGCCAAGCAAGCCAUCCCCGCAGGUGCCACCCUGAUCGUGGAGCGUCCAUAUGCAGCAGUGCUCCUCCAAGACCACCUUCACUCUCACUGCCACAACUGCUUCCAGACCCUCUCACUGGCUCCAAUACCAUGUAUGGAGUGUUGUGUCAUGUUGUACUGCAGUGUGGAGUGUCGUGACACUGCCUGGACCAUGUACCACAACAUUGAGUGCCAGUACCAAGAUCUUCUCUCUUCUGUUGGCAUUGCUCACUUGAGUUUGAGAAUCAUAUUGACGGCAGGUCUUCAGUUCCUCCUAGCAUUCAGUGACCAGGACAGAGACAGCGUUAUACGAGGGCUGACAGUAGGACCGAAGUACCAGCGAGACUACCUGGCAGUGCAUGAUCUGUUGACUCACGAACAGGACAUGGAGGCUGAGGACUUGUUCCAGUACUCCCUGACAGCAUACUUACUUCUGCGGGUGUUGAUUGAUGUGGGCUGGCUCCCUGAUGGCGCGUCCCUGGAGGACGAGCUGACAGACAACAUGAUGUGCAUAGGCAGCUUCCUGCUGCGACAUAUCCUGCAGCUGGUGUGCAAUGCACAUGCAAUCUCGGAGCUACAGGUGUCUCAAGUUGCUGACAGCAACCUGGUGGACAGCAAGAGUCAGGUCCGUGUGGCCACAGCAAUAUAUCCCACAGCUAGUUUGAUAAACCACUCUUGUGAUCCUACCAUCAUCGCAAGCUUCCAGAGAGACACGCUGGUGGUGAGGUCAGUGAAGGACGUAGCAGUCGGGCAGGAGAUCUUCAACUGUUACGGGCCCCACUGUAAGCGUAUGAGCCUUACAGAUAGACAACAGGCUUUAAGUAGCCAGUACUUCUUCCACUGUCAGUGUCAGGCCUGUGUUCAAGAAGAGCAGUCGAUACAGCAAGAUGAGGUCCCGCAGUGUCCAGCAUGUGGUGUUGACCAGGUCAGUGCCCCAGCUCAGUGCCCAGUCUGCUUACACAACAGUGAGACGCUGGCUUCGGACACAAAACAGGCUGACCGCCUCUUCCAGCAAGGUCUUGACCGGCUGCAACAGAUGGAUAUCGCAGGUGCUAUAGUGAGUUUCAGCCAGUGUGUUGAGCUGAGGGAGAGAUCCAUGGACAGGCACCAGACACCCCUAUGUGAGGCCCGCGAUUGUCUGGCCAGGUGUCAUGCAAUGACAGGACAGUUCAGCCUUGCGUCCAAGUACCUGGAGUUAAACCUUUCUGCCUCGGAGCUCAAGUAUGGAGACUCCAGCAUAGAGCUGGGCUAUGAGCUGCAGAAGCUGGCACAAGUUUUCUUUAACGAUAAACAAGUUGGCAAGGCACUGAAUGUCAUAGAUAGAGCUCUUGGUAUACUCACCAUCCACUUUGGGAAGAACUCUGGUAAUGAAGACAUUGAGGAACUGGUGCAGAUGAAAUCAUGUCUGAUAGAGUACCAAGCUGGAACAGACACAUGACCACAAAGGAACACGAGGGCAGAUUAAUGCAUUCACACAAUCAACUUUCCACUGGCCCUAAGUGUUUGGAAGAACUAAGCAACCACAAGACUACUGACCAACUGCUGUGUGUGUGUGUGUGUCCGAGCCACCAGGCAAAUGUGACCUCUGCCUUUUCAGAUUGAUGUAGACCAGUCUCCACCUGUUGAGGUCAACAUUGUGUGAUAAACGUGUUUUUCAGUGGCUUGAAUGGGAUGUGGAGACGUCUGGCAUGAAAGAUGAAAUGUUUAUCAGGGGCUUGAAGGGGAUGUGGAGACGUUUGGCAUGAAAGAUGAAAUUCCUGGUCUUGAAGGAAUAAUAUGAAACAUUUGAUAUCAACUGAUCCUGUGGAUCGGGUGAUUCUUCAGCACAGAAAUAAAUAUUGGAGUAUACUCAA